AAAUACCGAAACUGCCAUCACACAAUCUCCGAAAUACCGACAGGUCGGCAAACGGGAAUUCGGUUGGAUAUCUCCAGAAGAAGGGGUAAUACAGGGAAUCGACUCACAUCAUUAUUAUUUAUUUGUUUUUAUCUAAUUUAUUUCCCCGCUCUGCUUUGCCCUCAAUCCAAUCCAAUCCAAUCCAAUCUCAUCCAAUCUCAAUCACUACGAUCGGAACUUCUCCGUAACUUUAACGAUAAUAUAUUAGGAGUCCCCAUACGAGUCUCGACGGAAUCUCUACGCCUCUUCGUCGAUCGGAGUUUCUCUCGCUUGCCGGCUGACGGUGAAUAACCCUAACUCCGGUCGGGUCACUGGACGAGGUCUGCGAGGGUUCUUGGUCAAUGGUCACAGAUUGACCCGACUUCUCGUUCGGGUUGACUGGAAGAGAAUGGAGGGCAAGCGAUGGUUAUUGGUGGGAAUGUUAGUAGCUCUACUUGCUUCUACGUCUUGUGCCAGAGAGUUGAAGAUAAGGGAAUAUGUUGGGGAUGGGGCUGAUCCUGAUCCGGUAUACAAUCACACCCUCGCUAUGAUAUUGGUGGAGUAUGCCUCCGCGGUGUAUGUUUCAGAUAUGACUGAGCUAUUUACCUGGACUUGUUCAAGAUGCAAUGGUUUGACGGCGGGGUUUGAAGUUGUGGAGCUGAUAUUUGAUGUACAACACUGCUUAGAGGCAUAUGUUGGAGUUGCUCAGGAUCUUAAUGCUAUAGUUAUUGCCUUCCGAGGAACUCAGGAACACAGCUUACAGAAUUGGAUUUCAGACCUCUACUGGAAGCAACUUGAUUUAGAUUAUCCCGGAAUGCCUGAUGCAAUGGUGCAUCAUGGUUUCUAUUCUGCAUAUCACAACACGUCGAUACGGUCUGGAAUUCUAAAAGCCAUUAAAAAAGCAAAGCAGUAUUACGGGGAGCUAGAUAUAAUGUUGACGGGCCAUUCAAUGGGUGGAGCCAUUGCUGCGUUCUGUGCACUUGAUCUUGUAGUUAACCGUGAAGCCGAGAAUGUUCAGCUGAUGACAUUUGGACAACCCCGCAUCGGCAAUGCAGUCUUUGCAACCUACUACCAGGAGCUUGUGCCUAACGCAAUCAGAGUCGUAAAUGGACGUGAUAUUGUACCUCAUUUGCCACCAUACUAUUCUAUAUUCCCAACGAAGACAUACCAUCACUUUGCCAGAGAGGUGUGGUUGUAUAACCUUGGAUUGGGAAGUCUCGUUUAUACAGUCGAGAAGGUCUGCGACGACUCUGGCGAAGACCCUACUUGCAGCAGGUCGGUGUUAUGGACUAGCGUUUCGGACCAUUUGUCCUACUUCGGCGUCGAUUUGUGCGGAGACGUAGACUUGUCCUGUGGAAUUGUAAUGGCGCCUGCUUUGAAGGAGUUCAGCACCACCGAUCUGGAGGGCAACCUCGUGCUUUCAAGAGUUCCUGCCUCCCCUAUACUGAAGAUGAAAACCGAAGAAACUAAUACACACAUUCAUUCGUAGCAUUUUCGACCUCCGAAAUUUUAAGGGCAGUGUUUGGUCGGCGGUUACUUGGAGAAGAAGGAAUCUUUUAAUCUUGUACAUAGAUGAUGCUAUACUAGGAAUGUAUACGUCCCACUCUCCCUCCCCAAAACCAAGGGAAUAGCCUUUGUAAUUACAUACAUAUCUUCGUGUACAGUUUGUAUUGUAACCUGACGUUGUUAGUAAACCCUAUUCUCUUUC